AUGUCGGACUCGACCCCCGCCCCGACGUCCUCCUCGACCGCGUCGACCGAGGCCGCCCCCGAGCCUUCGGACGAUAGAACCGCCCCUUCACACCUCUCGCACUCGUCGUCGUACCUCUCCUCCUCGGGAGCAGCGACGCCCUCAACCGCACCCGCCACGCCCGCCCUCUCGCUCAACGAACACGAUUUCGCCUCUUCCGCCAGCCCCAGCGUCGGAGGCGGUACGCCCGCUCUCGGUUCGUCCAUCGGAGGGUACCAGCACUCGUACCACUACGACUCACCCUCGAUCCCUGCUACGCCAUCCGAAUUCGGCGCGUCGUCCGUCACGCAAUUCGUGCCCAACCCCGCUCUCGCACUCGAUACUCCCUCGCGCGAAUUGGGCAACCUCUCACUCGCUGCGACGCCUUCGCCGCCUCUAGGCUCGGAGGACGGACACGAUGGAGCGCCGAGGGUUGGGGGACCGAUGACGGGCGUAGGGAGCGAAGCGCACAGGCUCUCUUCGCACCCGUUCGCGCCGCGUCCCUCGGGCGGGGGAAGUGGAGCGGAGGAGAUCAUCGCGCGCACGUCGGCGGGCCAACAAGCCCUCAAGGAGGGUGUCCUUCCUGGCUCCAAGGGACUGACGGCGACUGGUGUGCCGGUGCCGGGCCCUGCCGUGGCCUCCGAGGGAGGCGGAGGGGGAGGGACGCCGAAUUUGGUACCGAGCACGGCUGUCACGCCUGGGACGAGUCGGACGGGAACGCCUGCGCCCGCGCCCGCGCCCGCGAGUACUUCGCCCAAGACGCAGGACAAGAACCACCUCGCUCCGCCUUCCGCCGCUCCUCCUCGACGACCCAACAUCGAUGGUCGGACGGGAACGGACGCAGCGCCCGUGAAAGAGGGCAAGAAGAGUAUGUUUGGCAAGUUGUUUGAUCGGGAUCGCAACAGCUCGAGUUUGAGCGUCGCGAGUGCGAGUGAGGGAGGUGGAGCGGGGUCGGGAGGGGAGGCGAUGGAGCGUCGGGGGAGCGCGAGUGGUGGGCCUGUGCUUGAGAGAAGGACGAGCGGGUUGGGCAGUCGGAAGGAGGAUAAGGAGCGGAAGGAAAGGGAGAAGGCGGAGCGGAAGGAGCGGGAGAAGCGGGAGAAGGAGGAGGAGAAGGAGAGGAAGGUUGAGCGCGAGAGGGCGAGGAGUGCGUCGCGCACGCCCAGUCAGACGGGGAGGCCGAGGAGCGACUCGCAGGGCAACAACAAGGAGAAGGAGGGAGGAGGUGUCAUGGACUUUAUGCGCAUCAAGGUCCAGCGCAAGACGAGCGUCACGAGUCGCAAGUCGGAUGACGGGCGGAGCGAGAAGUCGCAUGCGGGCGAGAGCCAGUACGGCGGGUCCGAGACCAAGAGUCGUGGGGGUCAGAGCAACGCCAGCUUGAGCAAGAAGUAUGGCGUGUGCGACAAGGUCAUCGUUGGGAAGGGCGCGACGGCGGUCGUUCGACUGGCGCACAAGUGGGAUCGCAGCACUGAGAAGCUCUACGCUGUCAAGGAGUUCCGCAAACGCCGCAAGAACGAGACGGAGAAGGAGUACGUCAAGAAGCUCACGUCCGAGUUCUGCAUCUCGUCGACCCUGCACCACCACAACGUCGUCGAGACGGUCGACCUCGUCCAGGACGAGCAGCAGCACUGGUGCGAAGUGAUGGAGUACUGCCCGGGCGGCGACCUCUACGCGGUGAUCAAGAAGGGCGACCUCGGCACUUCCGAGAUCAACUCGUACUUCAAGCAGAUCCUCGCCGGCGUCGCGUACCUCCACUCGAUGGGCGUCGCGCACCGCGAUAUCAAGCCCGAGAACCUCCUCCUCGACGCCAAGGGCCACGUCAAGAUUACGGAUUUCGGCGUGUCGGAUGUGUUCCGCAUGUGUUGGGAGAAGACGACGCAUCUGUCGAAGGGGCUCUGCGGGUCGGAGCCUUACAUCGCGCCUGAGCAGUUUGAGCAGAAGGAGUACGACGCCCGCCUCGUCGACAUCUGGGCCGUCGCGGUCGUCUACUACUGCAUGACGUACCAGGAGCUGCCGUGGCGAGUGGCCAAGUCGUCGGACCCGUCGUUCGGCCCGUACCUCCACGCGUACCGCACCUCGUCGUCGACGCCUCCGCCCGUCUCGAACAUCGUCCCGCGCGAGGCGCGCUCGCUCAUCCGCCGCAUGCUCGACCCGGACCCGAAGACGCGCUUGACGACCGACGCCAUCAUUGCCGACGCCUGGUUCGCCGCGAUCGAGGUCAUCCCGCCUCUCGAGGGAAUCCUCCCGCCUAAACCCAACGCGCCCUAG